AUGGUACCAUGCGAUAUAUUGUUAUCGACUCGACUUGUUUCAGAUACGCCCAUCAUUGAAGGUGAUUCCGAGUUUAUAUCAUCCAAAUUCCAAUGUCUUCCGAGUGAAUUAUGUGUCAAACAGGAUGGCAGUGUGACCAUCAACUCAUACAUCAACAAUCUGAAUCCGAUAUGGCAUCGAGAUAUGUACAAAUGCAUUGCCAAAAUAUUCAAAUGUUUUGUCCCAAUGUUUGAAAGUCUGUUCAGAACGAUGGAUCCAAUGUUCAAGUAUAUUGAUCUUCGUAAUGGCAUACAGGGAUAUGAGUCAUCAAGCCAGUCAGAUCAUGAUGAUAUGGAAUCAGACACUCGAGUCAUUCGUCCCGUGUAUGUACCAACACUUCCGGAACAUUUUGAACCCAAAUAUGAAUCAGCAAAGCCAGUAUCACUGCGUGGUCGUAAUCUACAAGUCAUUGUCAAACUCACCAACAUUCAACUGACACCAUCCAAACCUAAAUACAAAAAGAAAAACUGGCACAAUGAAGGUCCAAUUAACGAAUCGAUUGUUGCAAUUGGACUGUAUUACUACGAUGUGGAAAAUAUCACCACACCCAAACUCGAUUUCCGCGAGGCUGUUAGUUGGUGUCAUUAUCAAGGAGCAUCUGAUAUGUAUUGGAAAGAUGUGUACGGCAUUGAUCAAGAAUCACGACGCAAUCAGUAUAUAGGAUCGCUUGAAUUACCAAAUGGUCGGUGUGUAGUUUAUCCCAAUCGAUACCAACACAAAGAACAAUCAUUUGAACUUGCAGAUCCAGCUCAAUCAGGACACUGCAAGAUUUUGACAUUUUUUGUAGUGAAUUCAGUCUGUCGGAUUGUUUCGACUGCGCAUGUGGCUCCACAACAACCACAAUGGUACAACUCGAGUUUUGACAAGACACCCAUACUGCCUGAACUAUGGAAUGAUGCCACGCAGUAUAUUCAAGGUGUUCAAUCACCAGCUGAAGCCAAACACUAUCGAGAUGAAUUGACAAGUGACCGAACUCAAAUCACAGCGGCAUACAACGAAGAGAUAUAUGAGCAGGCGUAUAAUCUUGAUCGUUGGUGA